AGAAUUCGAUCACGUUCAUUAAUCUGUCAAUUAUUUUUUCAUGAAUUGCGGAUAUCAUGUAAAUGUAUGAGAGGAAAUCACAUUUCUUAUGAUUAAGCCAUUAUUUUACUAUAUAACGCGAUUGAGUAUACCAAUAUUGUAACAAUGGCUACUAAUGAAGAAAUUACCGGGCCUAUCUCCCAAGAAGACAUAGAGGCAGCGGACAAAUUGAAGAAUGAAGCUAAUGAGUAUUUUAAAAAACAGAGUUACAAUAAUGCCAUCGAGUUGUAUUCAAAAGCUAUUGAGAAGAACCCGAAGAAUGCGGUGUACUUCGCAAAUAGGAGUAUAGCUAACUUGAGGCUGGAGAACUUUGGUUACGCCCUGAGCGAUGCGUCGAAGGCGAUAGAACUGGACCGAGCGUACACGAAGGCCUAUUACAGACGGGCGGCGGCAUACAUGUCCCUAGGAAAGUACAAACUAGCGCUUAAGGAUUUUGAAUUCGUAACCAAAGUUAGGCCAAAUGACCAAGAUGCAAAAAUGAAGUACACUGAAUGCAAUAAGAUAGUUAAGAAAAUUGCCUUCGAAAAGGCAAUUUCUGUUGACAAGAAGGAGGUCAACAUAGCUGACUCUAUCAACUUAGACGCCAUGACCAUUGAAGAUGAAUAUGUCGGUCCAGCACUUGAGGAUGGGAAGGUGACCCUCAAGUUUGUCACUGAGCUGAUGGAGUUCUAUAAACAACAGAAGAAAUUACAUAAGAAAUAUGCUUACAAGAUACUCAUUGAUGUCAAAGCCUACCUACAAAAGCAACCGUCUCUGGUAGACAUCAAAGUUGCUGAUGAAGCCAAGUUCACUGUCUGCGGAGACAUCCACGGCCAGUACUAUGACUUGAUGAACAUAUUCAAGUUGAACGGUCUACCUUCGGAGACCAAUCCUUACCUCUUCAACGGAGACUUUGUGGACCGAGGAUCAUUCAGUGUGGAGUGUAUUUUUACACUGUUCAGUUUUAAGUUGCUGUUCCCCGAUCAUUUCUAUAUGUCUCGAGGAAACCACGAAACCCUGGACAUGAACCGCAUGUACGGCUUCCGAGGUGAAGUUUCCUCCAAAUACACAUCUCAAAUGGCUGAUUUGUUCACCGAGGUGUACAACUGGCUGCCACUAGCCCACUGCAUCAAUAGCCGGGUGAUGGUGAUGCAUGGCGGUCUGUUCUCCAAGGAUGACGUCACGCUCGAUGAUAUCAGGAAGGUGGACAGGAAUAAGCAGCCGCCUGAGGAUGGUAUCAUGUGCGAGCUCCUCUGGUCUGACCCUCAACCCAUGAUGGGCCGCGCCCCGUCCAAGCGCGGCGUGGGCUGCCAGUUCGGUCCCGAUGUCACCAACACGUUCUUACAACGUAACGGCUUGGACUACGUCAUUAGAAGCCAUGAGGUCAAGAACGAUGGGUACGAAGUCGCUCAUGAUGGAAAGUGCAUCACGGUGUUCUCUGCACCUAAUUACUGUGAUACAAUGGGUAACCUCGGUGCUUUCAUCACAAUGAAUGGCAAAGACUUGAAACCGAACUUCACUACUUAUGAAGCUGUGCCACAUCCAGACGUAAAGCCGAUGGCGUACGCGAACUCAUUCUUCAACAUGCUGUGCCAAUGAUCGAGGACCUACAUAGGUGACUACUCUCUCCAACACCAUGCGACCUCCUCCAUCACAAACUUAGAAACAAAACAAUAGUAGGUGGUACCCUUAUUCUAUAUUCAAAAAUUAAAAAUAAUAAUGUGCAAAAAGGCGGCAAAUGUGGACGAAUUUUCAACUAAAUGACGCCAUCUUGUGACGUAAUUUCAGUGUUGCCUGUCGUUUUUUUGUUCCACAUUUUAUACGUAAAAUAUUAUUUUAUGACUCGAGAUCUUAAUUUGCAUCAGUUGAAAUUGUAUUUUCAUUUUUAAAGUGGAUUUUUAUAGCCUAUUAUCAUAAAAUGGCGUCGUUAUCACAAUUUUAGUUACAUUUAAAAACUUCAAAUAGGUAUUAUAAUGCAAAUAAAUGGUCGCAGUUUGUCUGGAUCAUUAUUCAACAGAAAUGAGAACUAAAUUACCGUAUAAGAAAUAGGAGUGAUAUUUCUUAUACGGUAAUUUCAUUUUUGUUCAUGUAAGGAGCAUUUACUCAUUCUAAUAAUAAUAUUCAGGACAGUUUAUCUGCAUAUUCGAUUAUUCUAGAAAUAUCAAUAUGAGUAGUAACGUCACACCACUGAGCCGAUUUCAACGAAACUUCGUGCGUUUUAGCUCAAAUUGCAUCAGGUACCUAGUCACCGCUCCAAUAUCGGAACACUUAUUAAAAAUGCAAUUUAGAAAUAGUUCUUACACAGCUUAAAAAACGCUUGAAAAUGGGGGAGCGUCGGGUAAAAUCUCGCAUAGGUAUUCUUCAAGACAAUACGAAGCUGUAUUUUUGAGGAAAUGAGUGUACGCUUAGAUUUUUUUUUGUUCUUUUUUCCCCAUUUUUGUUGCGUAGUCUUAUUUCCUCGAUAGUACGCGUAGCUUAGCGAAGCACUGUCUUUCGAGCUGCAAAACUACUUGUACAUUCUAUUCAUAAGUCUUAGUUGUAAACUUAUGUUUUUCACGCGCUGUUGUGAAUAUUUCUGUAAGUGCACACGAGUUUUAACGGUUGUUUACUUUGGUUUUCGAGUCGAUGCAGAACUUGCCAUGCUAUUUAUAUUUCGUUCCUGAAAUUGAAGAAGUUAGAUACUCCUUCCUAAAUGCAUGGAUAUAUUAUAAACAUGAUUAAAAGAUGUUUUUCUAUAUCUUUGCGAAAACAAAUAACGGAAUUAUGUUUAGCAAUAUUUGUGUAUACGGCAUCUUCAUGACUCAAUGUGAAUUACCGUUAAAAGUUCGCGUUUAGUGGCCUUUCCGCUAUCACUAGCAAGUUAGUGACACUCUUCAAUUAACUCUUAACUAAGUCUUAUUUCAUCGAAUAAUUAGCCGCGUAUACUCUAGGUCACAAUAAUCCAAAAUAAUAUAUAAACAAUUAAGGUAAACAUAACAUUAUUUCAAGCUGUAUUUUAUCUUUAAAAUGAAAUAGUAUAAGAGGUUCAACACUACUUAUUUUGCAACAGCGCCGAAUGAAUUUGUUUUCUUUUUUAAUUAUUAUUUAAAAUAUAUAUUUUCCCCGCCAUUCACACAUCACUGAAUGAUGUCAAAGAUUUAAUAUUAAAUAAUGAUAAAAUGUGUAUAUAUUUUAUACUUUUAACUAUGAAAGUUGCACCGAACAGCAUGCCGACGUAUAUACUUUGCAUUUAGUUACAUGUCUUUCCAAUAUUGAACAGAGGGUUUCGUGGACAGAAUAGUAAAAUAGAAAUUCUUUGUUAGAAUAAUCGUCUCAGAGAAACUUGCUCUUUACAAUCAUUAUAAAUGAUAAUCAUACAAUAAGUGAAAUAUCGCCCUGGUAAGAAAUUAGUGCAAAAUUGUCUUGUCUAAUUUUGCGAUGCGCGAGUAUUGUACUUUACUAUAUUGUCUAUGAAAAUCUCGAUACUAGCUUUUACAAUAUAAUUAGUUACCACAUAUACUAUUUACUAUCUAACUCGAUAAUGCAUUUUUAUUUUAUUAUUCCAAUUAUAUUAACAAAAAUAUUAUAAGAUCUAAAACGGAAACCUGCAUUUAAUGAGGAAAUGUGGUGACAACUCCUGCAAGAUGGUUAAACUAAUCUUUGAUCACAAAUCCUCUAUGCCUGAAUACACUAAAUAAAUGUAUUCUAGCUAUAAGGCAAUACUCAUAAUAAAAAAAAAACUCUUUGAGUACUCUGUCACACAAAACGUGUUGCCAACCUGCAAGAGUUGCCACUGAAACUUCAAUGCUGUCAUAUUUUUAAUCUAAAGUAAAUAGCAUAAUGUUGUCAUGCAAUAAAAUUACUACUUACGAAUUAUUAUGACCAACGUUGGUGAAAAUUAGCUUUAUUGUGAGAGUACGUACACAAUAGAUGGGGGCUUUACUUUGGCUGUUUUUAUGCACAUUUGGAUUUAGAAUAGAAUAAGAAGGUGCUAAUGAAGUGUUUGGAAAACUUUGUUUUUCAUGGCUUGGUAGGAGUAAUAACUAAUUAACUUAGUAAUUGAAAUGUCUGAGGGUCGGUUGCAUCAAUAUUCAAUUACUUCAACUUUUAAUGAUAUGUUCGUGUAUUAAAAAUAAAAUAAUACAGAUUUGCAACUGGCCGUUAGGAUGAGAAAAGUAAAGAUUGUGUGCAGUAAAAAUAAGCCAAGUAUAGCCUAGUGUUAACAUAAGGAGGAGCUUGGGUCGCACAGCCUGAUGGCUUCACGCAAUGUGUAUUCAAUACUCCUGUGUGCACAUGACUUAACUUUUGUUUUUGGUGGUCGCUGUGUAAAUGACGUUCUUAUGAAUACGUUGCCUUCCGACGGCAGUGAUGACGUCAUAUUCUUUAAGACAGCUCAAGGCAAUCGAUGUUAUGAUCGGUUGCCGUAAUUUUGUCGAUUUCCAAACGAUCAAAUACACGGGUGCAGUUGUUUUGCUUGCAAAGUAAGCAACAUAGAUUAUAACAUUAUCGUCAAAAACAGUAAUUUCUAAUAACACCAUCAGCGAUCAUCAAAACAAUGAUCAACAUUAAAGAAAUGCUCAAAAAGCAUAAGUUUUAUAUAACAAACUCUUAGGUAAUAAAUGAAUUAUGUUAAAUAAUUAGAAGUACACGAGUAAUGUGAGGGAAUACAAUAUUUAUGUCAAUGAUGCGGUAAGGAUAGUUCAAGGUUUGCAUUGCCCAGCAUAUCAGAUGAUGUAGAUAGGUUUUGGUGUUGACUUUAAUAAAAUUGUUAAAUUUGUC